AUGAACAACGCGAAUAAACCCUUCCUCACCGCAAACCAGGAGUUGAAUUUCCUCGUUCACGAGUUGUGUGACAACUUUUGCACGCGCUACAUUGCCUGCCUGAAGAGCAAGAUCCCCAUCGAUCUGGUGAUCGAGGAUCGCGAAUCUGGCGGUUCGACGGGUUCCGCGGCAGGCAGUCCCCAGCGUCCCUCCUCUGACCUCACCUCGAACCAACACCAUCGAGAAGGCAUCCUCGAAGCCGGUCUCUCUAGUACCUCCGUGACCUCCAGCACAGCGCCUGCCACGGCAAAGGCCAUGAUGCCUCGGCAUGCUGCCGAUGGUGAUGGUGACGAUGAUGACAGUGAUGAACAGCGCGGCAAUGCAAGCAGCCGGGUAAGACUUGCGUCAUUGUGA